AUGGCUUCAAAAGACAUCAGCGAAUUGGCAACAGCCUUCCGCCGCCUCCAUCGCCCGGGCAGUCCGCUCAUCCUGGCCAACGCCCUGGCGACCGCCUCCUAUGCGGUUGCCCUCGCGGCCGGCACGAGCGACGAUGACUUGACGCUGGAACAAAACAUGGCCGCCGGGGCCACGACCGUAUUUGUGUGGGGAGGCGGCAAGCCAGGAGGUGUCAGUCGAGCGGAAGUGGAGAAGCUUGUCACGGCGUUUGGCGGUCAUUUGAAUGUCUCUUUGCAGUGGCCCUCCGGCGGGUUGAUUGUCUCUGAGCUGGCGGGCAUAGGAGUCGCUCGGAUCAGUGUUGGUCCCACUAUCAUGCUUCUCGCCAUGGCUGAGUAUGAGCGGCAGGCAAAGCAGUUGCUGAGACAAGGCCACACUUAG